AUGACGUGCACCGGUCAUAGGAGUGGUGCAUUUAGUUUCGGUUAUACAUAUUACAGUCUCAUUGUGUAUUCCGUGGCCAAAAUCCGAAUAAAAAUCGGAAUUUUUUGGCUUCGAAUCAAAUACACUUACAACAAAACAAAACUGGCCACAACGGAUUUAACACAUCAAAACGAUAUUUUCCCGCCACGACACCACCUAGUGGGCGUUGGAACUAACAUAGAAUCAAGACGAAGAAGAGUUUCAUCAUCGCCCACAUCAUCGGCUACAUCGUCCGUUUCAUCGAUUGCAUCAUCAUCAUCUAAUGAUCGUCAUUCAAUAUCAUCGCUAAAUAAUAAUAAUAAUAAUACGAAUAAUAAUAUAAAAAGAAAGUAUUCAUCCAAGCGAACAACAACAAUAACAUCACCUAAAAAACUUCAACAUCAUCAUAAUCGGACAUCAUUGAUUGUUGAUAACAAUCAUUCAAAGCAAUCACAAUUGAUCACUGGUUGUUGCCCUUCACCUUCAUCUUCACCACAACUACCAUCAUCGGCUGCUACAAGCCAAUCAUCAUCAUCAUCAUCAUCAUUGAUUGAGAAAUCUAAAACAACGGCUCCUCAACUAUCAUCAUUAUCGCCGUUAUCGGCGUUAUCAUCGCUUGGUGGACCAUUUGGACCAUCACAGCUUCAUGGCAUGACAGCCCUUGGCCUUGGUGCAGCGGCCUUAGCAGCACUAUCGGCAUCAGCCAUGGCAAAUGGUGCAAUCGUUGGAGGAUUGGCGGCCAAUGCUAAUGUUUCAUCUCAAUCAUCAUCGCCUAAUUCAUCUGGGAAUUCUUCAAGUCAAACAUCAAAUACAUCACAACAACAGCAAGCAGCGGCUGCUGCGGCAGCUGCUGCUGCAGCAGCAUAUGGAACACAUCCGGCAGCUGCAAUGUUCAUGUUACCUACGUUGAAUUUUACAGUCGGACAGGUAGCGGCCGUUUGUGAAACAUUGGAAGAAAGUGGUGAUAUCGAAAGACUUGGUCGAUUUUUGUGGUCAUUACCGGUAGCACAUCCAAAUUGUGCGGAAUUGAACAAAAAUGAAUCCGUACUUAGAGCUCGGGCAUUAGUCGCAUUUCAUGCGGGCAAUUUUCGUGAACUAUAUCAUAUACUCGAAAAUCAUCGUUUUACAAAAGGUUCACAUUCAAAAUUACAAGCAAUGUGGCUAGAAGCACAUUAUCAAGAAGCGGAAAAACUUCGUGGCCGUCCAUUAGGACCGGUAGAUAAAUAUCGUGUACGAAAAAAGUUUCCAUUGCCACGAACAAUUUGGGAUGGUGAACAGAAAACACAUUGUUUUAAGGAACGUACACGAACAUUAUUACGUGAAUGGUACAUCAAUGAUCCAUAUCCUAAUCCAACAAAAAAACGUGAACUAGCUCAAGCAACGGGCCUAACACCUACACAAGUCGGUAAUUGGUUCAAGAAUAGACGUCAACGUGACAGAGCGGCUGCUGCUAAAAAUCGACAAAUGGCACAACAAAUGCAUCAAAAAAUGCAUUUACAACAUUUAAGUGGCCGAAAUGUUUCAGGCAUCCAUCAUGGCCUUCAUCAUCAUCAUUCCGCUUUUGGUGGCCAUCCUCCUUCUUCUCAUCAUCAUCAUCAUCAUCAUAGAAAUUCGAGCUUAGGUUUUAAUACAACACCUACGUCAAUUUCAUCAACAACAUCAAAUGGUCAUAAAAAUUCUUCUCUACAUCGUUUCAGUGUAGAUGCAUUAGCUGGUAAUGAUUCACAUCAUCAUAGUGAUACAACAAGCUCCAAAGAUUAUGAUAUUGAUGAUGAUGAUGAUGAUGAUAUUCCAUUAAAUGUCACAUCAGAUGAUGAUGAUGAUGGUAUGAGUAUAGCAAGCUGGGAUGAAGAUUGUGGUGAUAUCGAUGAUGAUGACGAUGUUGUUGAUGAUGAUAUUGAUGAUCGUGUAAAUGAUAUCCAUCAUCUUAAUCAUCAUCGUAAUAAUAAUGAUGAUGAUGAUGAUGAAGAUGAAGAAAUUGAUGUUGGUCCAAUAAGUCCUACGGCUGUAUCGACAACAUCUGAAUCAAGUAAUCGUGGUAAUAAUAAUAAUGAUAAUAGAACAUUAGCAAUAACAACAACAUCAACAAAUCCAACAAUGUCAUUGUCUAAUAAACGUCGAAAACGAAAUUGAAAUUAUAAAUUAAAAUCAAUUAAUUAAUAAAUCAAUCAAUCAAUCAAAUUUUCACAUAAAUAGAAUCUAUAUUACACACCA